AUGAUGACAUACGAACGUGACUCGUUGGCUGAACUAUCUCCGUUGACGCUAGGGAAAAGAGGGGACGCGUCCUGUCAUUUGCUCGAUCGUCUCUCACUCUCUCUCUCUCUCUCUCUCUCUCUUUGGCGAUUAAUUUCUUCUUUCCUCCAUUCCCCUUUCCUUUAUUUCCCCUCACCCAUUCAUCUUUCUUUCUUUCUUUCUUUCUUUCUUUCUUUCUUUCUUUCUUUACAUAAUUUCUUUCUUUCUUUCUCUUCCUUCAUUUUUCCUCUCAUGAUUUUCCUUCCUUCCUGCCUUCCUUCCUUCUUUUCAUUAUUUUUCCUUCCACUCAUUUUGCCUCACUUCUUCUCUCGUUGUUUCCUUUCUUUUUUUUUUUCACGUUUAUUUUUCCUUCCAUCAUUUUCCAUUCCUUUUCCUCCAUCUUUUCUUCAUCACUUCCUUCCUUCCUCUAUUCUCUAUUUCUAUCUAUCUAUCUAUCUAUCUAUCUAUCUAUCUAUCUAUCUAUCUAUCUAUCUAUCUAUCUGUCUCAGUUUGUUCAUAUCUAUCUAUCUAUCUAUCUAUCUAUCUAUCUAUCUAUCUAUCUAUCUAUCUAUCUAUCUAUCACAGUUUGUUCAUAUCUAUAUCUAUCUAUCUCAGUUUGUUCAUAUCUAUCUAUCUAUCUAUCUAUCUAUCUAUCUAUCUAUCUAUCUAUCUAUCACAGUUUGUUCAUAUCUAUAUCUAUCUAUCUCAGUUUGUUCAUAUCUAUCUAUCUAUCUAUCUAUCUAUCUAUCUAUCUAUCUAUCUAUCUAUCUAUCUAUUUUGCCCCUGGCCCUCAUUCUCAUUACCUGA